UAAAUAAUAAUGUAGUGAUCGUUAACAUGCAUGUUAAACAUACUAAGUGUAGGAAGAAAUGCGUAUGUUGUUUGUCCCGAAGAAUUAUUUGGGCUAUAAAAAGCGCCACAAAUAAGUUACUAUUCAUAUAUUAGUGUAAGAAAAACAAUUACGUACGUAAAUCUGAGAAUCUUGGUAGAAGGCUUGUCCUUGUUUAUUUAAUUUUAGCGAACAGGUGCUCAAACGGCAUGGUUCAAUUAAUUUUACGAAGUUCAGCGCGCUAUUUCAGUGAUGUUCUCUAGGCCUGUCUCAAUUGGGAAUAAAGAUGCAAAGUAUUGUUCAUGUUCUGAGACUUUUUAUCAUCGUGCAUGUGUGCUAUCUGUGUUCAGGUUAUGGCUGCUGGCUGUGUGAGGCAAAUGCUUUGUCAUGGUGUCCAAAUAAUGUAUGGGCGCAAUUCUGGCUCCUUUGCGCCUGCAUUGAGGAUUCUCAGAAGUAACCAAAAGACCAGCGCGUUUACUUACCCUUGGAGAUGGUCUCCCUUCUGCUCAGAAGUGGACACCUUGAACCAGACUGCUGCAGUAAAGAAAAAGAAGCGGGAUCCUCGGGCUCGCACCACGAUCACCAGCGUUGGCCGGAAAAUCCCAGAGCGACAGAUCCAAGUAAUCAGCGAGACUGGGGACAACCUGGGUGUCCUACACCGCGCAGAGGCGCUCAGAAUCAUGGAUGAGAGGGACCUCAAACUGGUGCUGCUCAAUGAACGACAGGAGCCUCCGGUCUAUCGUCUGAUGAGUGGGAAACAAAUUCAUGAAGAACAGAUGAAAAUGUGGGAGAAACAGAAAACAAAAGCAGUUCCCGUGCAGGUCAAAGAGCUUACAUUUUCAUCCAGCAUUGCUCCUCACGACCUGACCAACAAACUGAAGCAAGUGGAAAACUGGUUGGACAAGAAGCACCACGUUAGGAUUACAUUGCGCGCACCACGGAAAGAAUCUGUCAACGACCUGGAUCAAAAUCUAGAGCAGAUGGUGCAACAAAUGGAGGUGAUGGUGGGAUUUGUCUCCAAGCCCAAGGUCACACGUGAAGGGCAAGCAGCCAUGUGCGUACUUCGGCCACCUUCAGCUAAGGAACUGUCCAAAAGAGACAAAGAUCGGACGCCAUUGUCACAGACUGCCAGCUCGCAGGCUACCCAGGAUCAAAUGUUACCUUCGGACCCACAAGACGCUUCAACAGUGAUAAACGAGAAAUAAAUUAUAUUUGGUUGUACAAUCUGA